CAGAGGGGAUAGCAAGGGGUGGGGAGGGACAGCACCAAAAAAAAAAGAAGCAGGAAUAGGAACAGGGCUGGAGAAGAGCUGAAGUCAGACAGUACGGCUGAGGAGGCACAACUGUUUUCUUUGUCAGCUUCUUCAGAUUUUCCAAUCAUUUUCAGCUGCCGACAAAUCACGGCACGGUAACUUUUAAGGAAGACAAAAACUUUUUUGCUGUUCAAUUUCAAUUCUGGAUCAAAACAAAAAGUAAAAAAAAGCGUCUGAACUCUAAGAUGCUGCUUUGGUAUGCUCUUCAACCCUUCCGCAAGACCUUUUCUGUUACCAUCCUGGCAAAGUGAUCCACUGUUUUCCUUCUCUGCCUCUUCCUGGAUCUCUCUCUCCGUUCAAUCCAGUGGAAAAGUUUGUGAAACAUUCCAGCCUGUGAAGAAAUUCACUCCUAAACCUCAGCGGAGAAAGUCAGACGAGACAAGGAAGAGACGGGAACGCGCUUGUCCCACAACGGGAUAUAAAGAAAAGCCGUCAAGCUGUCAUUCUCUGGAACUCGGAGGGCCUGCGUAAUUAAUGACUGACACAUUACUGAAGUUGUCAUAGCACAAAAUAAGGAUAUUCCAGCGACUCCCAGGAACGAGGUUUAGAAGAUGAAUCUGUAUAUAAUUACAGGUUUGUUAAUAUCAACUUGGAGAACCUCGUCCCUGGAAAUCACCCCGAAUGAGUCAGAAAUAGUGCUCAAUCUUGACAGCACCUUCACUCUGAGCUGUUCUGCCAAUAGGAAGAUCAUCUGGAUGUACGAUGAGCAGUUUGUUUCCUCCAUUCUGGAUUACAGAGAUGGCCUGUACACCAAUAUCCUUACCCUUUCUAAUGUGAACGGGGUCAACACUGGACUCUACUCCUGUCUGUACAAUGAAUCAACUAGCCAAGCAGAUAAAGGAGACGUGAAAUCCGUCUACAUCUUUGUACCAGAUCCGGAAAUGUGGUUUCUGCCAAUCAAAGAAAAUGAGGAGUUCAUUUUUGUUCCACUGAACAGUGAUGGUACAAUUCCUUGCCGAGUGACUUACCCUAAUGCCACAGUGACUCUUCACAAGAAUAUAGAAGAUACUGAAAUCCCUUAUCCGUAUGACAACAAGAAAGGUUUCACUGGAUAUUUUGAAGAUCAGAACUAUUAUUGUAAAGCUUCUCUGGAUGAGAAGGAAGUAUCUUCUACUUCAUUUUAUAUCUAUAGUGUGGAAGUCUCUCCUAUCAAAGCGGACAUUACCCCCGUACAAAGCACAGUGAUCAUUGGAGAAAACAUCACCAUUAAAUGCACAGUUAAGAAUAACGAAAUUCUUAAUUUUACCUGGGAUUAUCCAGGUAGGAAGGCGGGAAGGCCUGCUGUUGUGGAACAUCUCAUAUCUGAUAAUACUGUAAAUUCGGUCUUGAAAAUACUAAAUGCCACUGAGAAGGACUCGGGAACUUAUACUUGCACAGUGGAAGAAGCGUAUUUUGGAAACUUUGAUAUUAAAGAUGUCGAUAUUACUGUCAUUGGAAAGGGAUAUGUGAAGAUGCACACGGAAGGCACUUUACUGCCUGCUAAACUACAUCAAAGCACAUCCAUUGUGGUAUCCAUUGAAUCUUACCCCAGACCCACCAUUGAGUGGUUAAAAGGUGACCAUCUGCUGACUGGAAAUAAUAACAGCCUUGUGCACAUAUCAAUCGAAAAAACUGCUGAGAACACGUAUGUUACCACAUUGUCACUUGUAAGAGUCAAAGAACAAGAUGGAGGUGCCUACACUCUGAAAGCUUACAAUGAGGAUGAUAAUAAAAAUAUGACAUUUUAUCUUCAGAUAAAUGUGCCUGUUGAAAUAAAGGAAAUUAUCGACAGCCAUCCUAAAGGUGGUGGACAGAUAGUGACAUGUGCUGGCAAAGGGAUGCCAAAGCCAGCGAUCACAUGGUACUUCUGUACAGAGAUUACAAGGUGCAGCAGUAAGGGAUGGAGCCAGUGGGAACCUCUACACAAUGCAACCUCCCAGAUUAGGUACGACAUGAACAGUAGCUAUUCACAGACAGAAAAGAUGGGAACCUUCUAUGUAAAGAGCAUUCUCCAUGUCCGCGGUAUUAAAGAUUCUCUCUCUUUGCGCUGCCUUGGUGAGAAUGGUCUUGGAAUGAGUCACCAUCGUGAUGUCACCCUAGUGCCACCUUAUUUGCCCUUCAAGCUUGUGUUAAUAUGUGCUGUUGUGGGACUGGUGGCUUUGGCUGUGAUAUUCUUAAUAAUACUUAUCGUUUUGUGGAAAAAGAAACCACGCUAUGAAAUCCGGUGGAAGGUUAUCGAGUCAGUCAGCUCUGAUGGCCAUGAGUACAUCUACGUGGACCCUCUACAGCUUCCAUAUGACUCCAACUGGGAGAUAUCAAGGGAUAAAUUAGUCUUAGGUCGAACCCUUGGCUCUGGUGCAUUUGGUAGAGUUGUUGAAGCUACAGCUCAUGGAUUAGGCCACGCUCAGUCCACCACAAAAGUAGCUGUGAAGAUGCUAAAAUCCACUGCCAGGAGCAGUGAGAAGCAGGCUCUUAUGUCUGAGCUGAAGAUCAUGAGUCAUCUAGGUCCACACAUAAAUAUCGUCAACUUGUUAGCUGCAUGUACAAAAGGAGGACCGAUCUACAUAGUGACGGAAUACUGCAGAUUCGGAGACCUGGUGGAUUAUUUACACAGAAACAAACACACCUUCUUGCAGUACUAUGCUGACAAAAGUAGGAAAGAGAGUGAUGUCUACAGUAACACCUCCACAGGAGAGAGGACGUCAAGUCACUUUUCAAUCCCGUUAGACUGUGAUGGAGGUUACAUGGACAUGAGCAAAGAUGAUAUCUACUAUGUACCUAUGCUGGACCUCAAAGAAGACAUAAAAUAUGCAGAGAUUGAGCCAUCUGGUUAUGGAACCGCAUAUGAGCUGGAGAGUUACUCCACUUCCGCUCAUGAAAGGACCAAUUAUUCCACCUUGAUUAAUGAAUCUCCAAUCCUCAGUUAUACCGAUUUAAUUGGAAUUAGCUACCAAGUCGCUAAUGGAAUGGAAUUUCUUGCUUCAAAGAAUUGUGUUCAUCGUGAUUUGGCUGCAAGGAAUGUCCUGAUCUGUGAGGGAAAACUGGUGAAGAUCUGUGACUUUGGCCUAGCCAGAGACAUUGUCAGAGACUCCAACUAUAUUUCCAAAGGCAAUACUUUUCUUCCACUGAAAUGGAUGGCACCAGAGAGUAUAUUCAACAACCUGUAUACUACUCUCAGUGAUGUGUGGUCUUUUGGAAUCCUUCUUUGGGAGAUAUUCACUUUGGGUGGAACACCCUACCCAGAGCUGCCAAUGAAUGAGCAGUUUUACAAUGCUAUAAAGAGAGGCUAUCGGAUGUCAAGACCUUCUUACGCGUCAGAGGAAAUAUAUGAAAUUAUGCAGAAAUGUUGGGAUGAGAAAUUUGAGACGAGGCCUUCUUUCAGUAACCUAGUGGAUAUGACAGGAAAUCUUCUAGUUGAAGGCUACAAACAGAGAUACAAACAAGUGGAUGAAGAAUUUUUAAGAAGUGAUCACCCUGCUGUGGUUCGUGUCAGACCCAGAAUGGCAAAAAUGAAUAAUGUAGGAGAAAGCAUUACAAAUAUUUUGUAUUCAGCUGUGCAACCAAAUGACAGCGACUAUAUUAUUCCUCUACCUGACCCCAAGCCUGAAGAGUCAGAGAACAUGCUCAAUGAGAAUUCAGAGAGUCGCCCAAGUUCUACACUGCAAGAAGGAAAUACAUCAUCUACAAUCUCCUGUGACAGUCCUCUGGGACAGCCAGAGCAAGAGGUGGAAAGUGAUCUUCAGCAAGCUGAGCAACCUCAUGAAGUAGAGGAAAGUUUCCUGUAGCAAAAAAAAAAAAAAGAAUCAAGAUUUGGCAAUUACCAAUAGCUGCAAUUGGGUUUUUAUGCAUCGAGGUACAAACAAAAUAUUAUGUACUGAUUAUUUUGGCUUGCCGUCCCAAAGACAACCAGGUCCAUUACCUGGAUUUGAAGACCAAAGAAAUCAUUAUGCUCUACAAUCUUGGCACACUGCAAUAUCACACUUCACUUUCAAGAAUGUUUGACUCAAGGACGAUUGCCUUUAAUAGGUAUUGUGGUUAAACCAUAGGAUGGAAAAUCCACAGACGCCAAACCAGUAUUACGAACGUUGAUCUUCCAUUCCAAGUGUUAAACCAGAAUAAAUGUGCAAUAUAAUGGAUGAAUUCCGAUGUUUACUUUGUUGAAGUAUUGAAUGGUACUGAAAGCACCAAUAGAGACUGUCAGAAGCACAAAGUAUGGAUGUCUAAGAAGACAAAGUGGCCAUGUAUAUCAGUCCACCAUUUAUUUUCCUUACUUCUAAUAUGGCUGCCGGCAUGACUAAUGCACUUCUAGAAUUGAAAAAACUGGUGACAUCUCUUACUGUUUUUAAAAGGAGGCACAGGGAACAUCACCCAACUUUUUAAU